AUGGAGCAUAACCACAACGACAACCAUGAGCACGAGGAGAUGGAUCCUGGCAUCAUGUACGAGCAACAAUGGGUCAAAGACCUCGUUCAAAAGCUGCAACAAGAAAUCGUCGUUUUGGCCAACAAAGGUUGGUUAGGCCUGGACGAUUCAAAAAGUCAGCGUGUCCUUGACUACGCCUGCGGACACGGCACCAUCUCGCUGGCGCUCCUCGAAGCCUUCCCAUCAGCAACCUUCCAAGGCCUCGACAGCCAUCCAGCACAAGUCCAACGAUUCAACGACGAAGCUCAGAAAGCUCUCGAACCUGGCUCUUCUCAAUCACGCAUGUGGGCUAAGGUAGGCGACCUCUCAACCUCCCCUGCCAAAGACUUUGAGACGGAGGAGUGGUUCGACUUCGACGCCAUCAUCAUGAGCAUGGCGCUUCACCACGUCAAAGACCCGCUCCAGAUGUUGAGGCAGCUCAAGAAGCGGCUCAGGAGGGGAGGGACACUUGUGAUUAUCGAGUUCCACGGCGCUGAGCACAGGAAGCACGAUCAUUAUGGGAGGCAAGAUUCCGGGAAUGAUGAGAUGGAGAUGAUCUAUGCCCCAGGAGGCCAGAAGAUAUGGCCUGGUCUGAAUAAGAGCUGGCUUGACCAAGCCCUGGCAGACGCGGGUUUCGAUAAGGCUUCCAUCGACAUCGUUCCGGGUCCGACAUUCACGAUACCGGAGGAGUUGUCGCAACACUCUCACGGCGGUGAGAAGCAGUUGGUCUUCGCCAAAGCUGUGGCGUGA